UCCAAAAAUUUAGGAACUUCAACUAUGACUUUAAAUGGGCGUCUUGAAAUCAGCUAUGUGUGCACUUCGCCCAAUCUCAACAAAGUAACCCAAUUGCCACAUUAAAUUCAAAAGCCCAAAUAUGGAUCCAAAUUAAUGUACAUCUUUUGAUCUGCUUCUCACAGAGUGCCCCUCGACAAACAAUGUUUCUUAGAGCUAAACUCCAACCAUGUAAAAUCUCCCGCUUUUUCUCAAUUGAAGCAACAAAACAGGCUUUCAAUAAUCAACAAGGAUAUUCUCCCAUUACUCAACAACUCUUACGCCUCUUAAAAAAAUGCAUAACAAUCAAACAAGUCCAACAAAUUCAUACCCAAAUGUUAAUUUACUCUAUAGAAAAAGCCAACUAUUUGCUCUCAAACAUUAUAGACCUCAAAUAUUUCAACUAUGCUACUCUUCUUUUUUCACAUAUUCAUAGCCCCAAUGAGUAUGCUUUUAAUAUAAUGAUAAGAGGGCUAACUACAACAUGGCAAAAAUUUGAUCUUUCUUUGGAACUUUACUACAAAAUGAAGUCUUUAGGCUUGAAAACUGAUAAUUUCACUUAUCCUUUUGUGUUUAUGUGUUGUGGGAAUCUUUUAGCAGUGGAACUUGGUAAAUUAGCUCAUUGUGAGGUGGUGAAAAAUGGGUUGUUUGUGGAUUUUCACGUUGGUCACUCCUUGAUUACUAUGUAUUCAAGAAUUGGGAAGAUGGGUUUUGCAAGGAAAGUGUUUGAUGAAAUGUCGCGCAGAGAUUUGGUUUCGUGGAAUUCAAUGAUUUCAGGGUAUGCUCAAACGGGUUGCUCGAGAGAGGCAGUGGGAUUGUUUAUGGAGAUGAGGAAUGAGGGGUUUGAACCUGAUGAGAGGACACUUGUGAGUGUUCUUGGGGCAUGUGGUGACUUGGGGGAUGUGAAUUUGGGAAAUCAGGUAGAGGAGUACGUUGUGGAGAAGAGAAUGGAGCUGAAUUCUUUUAUGGGUUCUGCUUUAAUUAACAUGUAUGGGAAAUGUGGAGAUUUGGUUUCUGCUAGAAGGAUCUUUGAUGGCAUGAAGAAGAAAGAUGUGAUUACUUGGAAUGCGAUGAUUUCAGGGUAUGCACAAAAUGGGUUGUCCGAAGAAACAAUCUCUUUGUUCAAUGCCAUGAAGGAGACAGGAGUUAACCUAAAUAAUAUCACGCUGGUAAGUGUUCUUUCUGCAUGUGCUUCAAUUGGAGCCUUGGAUGUUGGAAAAUGCAUUCAUGACUAUGCGUCAAGAAGAGGUAUAAAGCAUGACAUAUAUGUAGCUACGGCCUUAAUUGAUAUGUAUGCAAAAUGUGGCUAUCUGGAUGAUGCAUAUCAAAUUUUUGAAAGCAUGCCUAGAAAAAAUGAGGUCUCUUGGAAUGCAAUGAUCUCUGCUCUUGCCUUUCACGGAAGAGCACAAGAGGCGUUAUCCCUGUUUGAGCGCAUGUCACUCAAGAGUAGUGAUUCCCGCCCUGAUGAUGUCACAUUUGUUGGAGUACUCUCCGCAUGUGUACAUGCAGGAUUGGUUGAUGAAGGCAGGCGCUUGUUUGAUCUAAUGAGUUCAUCGUUUGGAUUGGUUCCAAAAGUUGAGCAUUACUCUUGCAUGGUUGACCUUUUGUCUCGUGCUGGUCGUGUAUAUGAGGCAUGGGAGUUUAUCGAGAAGAUUCCUCAAAAGCCAGAUGAGAUUUUACUUGGAGCAUUGCUUGGUGCAUGUCAAAAGCUGAAAAAUAUUGAUGUUGGGGAACGAGUGAUGCAGCUACUUCUGGAGAUGGAACCAUCGAAUUCGGGUAAUUAUAUAAUAUCAUCAAAGAUAUAUGCAAAUCUCAGAAGGUGGGAUGAUUCAGCAAGGAUGAGACAAUUAAUGAGACAGAAAGGUGUUACUAAAAUUCCAGGUUGUAGCUGGAUUGAGAUGGAUUCUCAACACGUUGAAUUUCGUGCUGGCAGUUCAUCCCAUCCAAUUGCAGAUGAGAUUCACCAGGCACUUGACUUGUUGUAUGAGGAGAUGGCUAUAGAAGGUUAUGUUCCAAAUGUGAAUCUUGUAUAGAAAGGUGAGGAUGAAGAUAUUUUAAUUCUUGUUAUGCUAAUCAGGUGGAACCUCAACAUAUUUAUAAAGAGAGAAAACUACGAGAAAAGAAAAGAGAAAAGGUAGGCAUUGAACUAAUGAAAA